AUGGCCGAUGGGAAAAUCACGGGCAUCAGCGGCAUCCUAGGGCCGGCUUUGAGGAGCUUGGCUACUUGCAAGAUUGGGGAGACCUUGUGGAAGUGGCUCUUUCUCCUGGGCCUCGUCCUCGGCGGUUGCGCCAACCAACUUCUGAACGCUGGCUUUGCAUUCCCUGGUGCCAUGUCUUUCUCUACGCUGCGCUACCUCCUUGGAGGCCUUUGCAUCGGCGCGGGCACGCGACUGGGCCGUGGCUGCACAUCAGGCCAUGGCAUUUGUGGACUGCCAAGGCUGAGUUUGAGGAGUUGGAUUGCUGUGCCGUGCUUCAUGAUGGUGGCUGCCAUUGUGGUAGCUGUAUCCCGGCAUGCUGUGGAAAGGCAGCCGAGGGGUGAAAUCGCAACGCUGGCUUGGCCUCCGCGCUGGGAGUUCCCCGUGGGUGCCCUCAUUGGCUCUGUGAUUCUCAUCCUGCUCACGCUCAGCGUGCCCCUCAGGAUUCGCAAUUACAUCUCGCCUCUGGCCAGCGGCCUGAUCUUUGGCCUGGGCCUAGGCUGCUCGGGGAUGACCCGACAGGAAAAGGUCCUCAACUUCUUGGACGUGGCAGGUUGCUGGGACCCAAGCAUGAUGUUUGUGAUGGGCUGCGGCCUCUGUGCCUCUGCACCGGCCUUUCUCUACGUGAAGGCCAAAGAGGACCGUAAGCCUUUAUGUGGCGAGGACUGCAAGUUCGAGAAGCCCGCCAAGCGGGGAGACUACAUUUCCCUGAUCUUGGGCUCAUCUGCUUUUGGCCUCGGUUGGGGCCUGAUCGGUGUGUGUCCAGGGCCUGGUGUUGUUGGUGUCUUCCCCUAUCUCUUCCAGGGAGGACCUGGCCUCGGCUUCGGAUUGGCCUUCCUUGCACUUUGCUUCAGCUGGCUCUCUGCUGGCGGGCUUCUAGCGUGGAAGCAGCGGCGGUCCGAGUAUUCAGCCGAAAGUACCGAAUGA